GAACAAAAACAAAACCAUAAAGUAUGUUUCCUUGAAAUUGUCUCUAACUGUUGACAACUUCAAAGUUUUGUCAUUAAAUUCAAUCAAACCUCAACAUAAUAAUGCACUUAAACACCGAUCAGUGUCUUUCAAUUGCAUGUUAUUAGUUACAGAAUAAAGAGGGUUGGGGUUCUAAUUUGUCUUCCAAACAUUAUGUCAAGCGAUCAAGGCAGUACGGACGGUGCCAUUGUUGCUGUAGCUCUAGUUGUUGUUUUUGUAAAGAUAGGCAUCGUUAUAUGCGUAUGUAGACAUUUCAGCAAAAGAAGAUCUAGUGUGCAAGCGCAGUCGCAGCCAUUCAAUGAUGACUCUCGCUUUAUUCCGCUCGCCAUGGUCAAGUUCCUGGAUGAUAUGGAAAGAGAGAAACCCAUUCGGUUCACUGCUCAACAACUAAGACUAGCCACUGAUAACUUCACCUAUGUACUGGGUUCAGGUGGGUUCGGGACGGUUUACAAGGGAAUCUUUAGCAACGGCACGACUGCAGCUGUGAAAGUACUUUAUGGGAACUCGGACAAGAAGAUUGAGGAACAAUUCAUGGCUGAAGUAAGCACCAUGGGAAGAACCCACCACUAUAAUCUCGUUAAGCUUUAUGGGUUUUGCUUUGAGUCGAGUUUAAGAGCUCUUGUCUACGAGUUUAUGGUCAAUGGCUCGUUGGACUACCACUUGUUUAAAGCCAACAAAAGGGAUAUGAUAGGGUUUGAGAAGCUCCAUGAGAUUGCAUUGGGAACCGGAAGAGGCAUCGCUUACUUGCACGAAGAAUGUCCGCAAAGAAUAGUUCACUAUGAUAUUAAACCGGGGAACAUACUCUUGGAUUCAAACUUUUGCGCAAAAGUAGCCGAUUUUGGUUUGGCCAAACUUUGCAACAGGGAUAACACCCAUAUAACCAUGACAGGAGGACGAGGUACCCCUGGUUACGCUGCUCCCGAGCUUUGGAUGCCUCUUCCAGUUACACACAAAUGUGAUGUUUAUAGUUAUGGUAUGUUACUUUUUGAGAUCAUAGGGAGGAGGAGGAACAUGGACGUGACUCUAGGUGAUAGCCAACAAUGGUUCCCGAUAUGGGCAUGGGGUAAAUAUGAAAAGAAACAAUUGACGGAUUUGAUGAUAGUUUGUGGGAUUGAAGAGAAGGAUCAAGAAGCGGCGGAGAGAAUGGUUAAGGUGGCUCUUUGUUGCGUUCAAUACAGGCCCGAGACUAGACCAGUGAUGAGCAUCGUUGUGAAAAUGUUGGAGGGUGCGUUAGAGAUUCCGGAGCCUUUAAAUCCAUUUUCGCAUUUGUUUUCAGGGGUCGAUGAGACGGGUAACUCCUUGGCUCGUAUCGCGUGGAAUGUUGGUGGUUCUGAUUGGUCGUCAUCCGACGUAGUCACCAAAUCUACGGUGGUAACAGGGACACCAAUCAUGAAGAGACAUGAGAUCACAAUGGCAUCGAUGUAAUCACAAGGAGUGAUGGUUACUUUUUAUACGUUGCUACUUGUUUGAAUAUAAAUGUUAUCAUUGUGUAUAGUGAAGAUUCAAUACCGUCGUGUGUGUUUAGUAGUAAUAUUGUUUUUGUCUAAACAUGGCUCGGGUACAACCUAGGUUAUAUCAAUGACAAGUUUAUAAAACCAUGUACAUUGAUAUUUA